GGGUACAGACAUACAGUACUACAGUUCGAACGUUGUAUUCAACUCACUUACUCAACUCCGCAGUCUAUAUUGAGAGUAGACUACUGCAUCCCCCUAAAACACGCUUCUGGAGACGGCGGCGGCGAAACCUUCUCUGACCCCGUAUACGGCGUUUUCAAUGGAGGAUGACAUAGAGACGGUCCUAUGGAGUUCGGACGAAAUAUCCAAACGCGUCAUCGAACUCGCCGAUCAGCUGAACCACGACCUAUCUGCCUCUUCCACCCAAUUGCCGGUGUUCGUCGGCGUUGCCACCGGCGCUUUUGUCUUUUUAGCUGAUUUAGUCCGCCGUAUAUCCCUCCCAGUUUCUGUGGAUUUUGUUCGUGUUAGCUCCUAUGGCUUCGGAACUCUCUCUAAUGGCUCCCCUUCUAUCUCUUCCGACUUGAAACUCGAUGUCAUCGACAAACAUGUUGUUUUGGUUGAGGACAUUGUUGAUACAGGGAACACCUUAUCGAAGCUCAUUGAAUAUUUGAAAUCAAAGGGAGCAUCUUCUGUAUCAGUGUGUACCUUCCUUGAUAAGCCAUCAAGGAGAAAGGUUUCCAUAGAGCUGGUGGGCAAAGGAAAGUUCUAUGGUGGAUUUGAGUGUCCAGAUAAAUUUGUAGUAGGUUAUGGAAUGGACUUUGCUGAAGUCUAUAGAAACCUCCCAUAUGUGGGAAUUCUGAAGCCAAGAUGCUACCAAGGAAUCAAAGAGGAACGUCCAAAGAACUGAGGUUAGAAAGUUGUGAUGCAGAGACAAUAUGUGUGCAAGUGUAACCAUGACAUGGUCCGAGUUGGAUGUUUUGAAUUUCGGCAUGUCUUUAUUCUCUUGCUGUAAAUUGUAAAUGUCUUUCUACUAGAAUAGUAGUGCCUCUCUUCCUAUACUUAACUUGGUGUUCAACAAUAUGGUCCAUUAAUUAAUGUCUAAAUGAGAAAUUAUACGUUUUGUGUGAUUAGCCCA